ACCAAUAAUUUUGCCGACUGCUGAGUGAUCUUCUAUUUUCUUCUAUAUAUAUAAGAUAGCAAGAUCAUCCCACUACAACCACUCCAAGAGCAUUUAGAUUUCAGAGCACUAAACUUAGACAGCGCAUAACUUUUCCAAUCCAACCAUAAUUGUCAUGGCAAAGAUUUCUUCUUCCUCCAUCCUCUUCCUUGUUGGUUUUCUCUUGUUGGUGAUAACUGUAUCCGCAGCUACUGACAAGUCUACUCCUACUCCUUCUGGGAAUACACCCGAUGGUAGUGAAUGUCCCAUGAGGGAUGCCGCUAAUUCAAAUGGGACUAGUAGAAUAGUUGAUGGUCUAUCAUGUGAUGGUUGUAAGAAAUCCUGUUUUAAGAAAUGUGGAAAAAGCAAAACAAAGACUCUUCUAGCUUGCAGGCAAAUGACUUCUACUAAGUGGAGCUGCGGGUGUUGUUGUUCCAAGGACUAAUUAUCAUCGGUACUGAUCUACUGUGAUGAUACAAGUAUUACGAAUGCAAGGACAUCGUUUUCAUUUUAGAAUUUCUCCUUUCUCUUUGUGCCUUUUUGGUUUUCUGUUAUGGUGAUUUUGCUCUUUUGUUAGGUUUCUCAAUCUAUUUGAGCUUUCAUAGAAGGAAAUAAGGUAGCCAAGAUGCUAAAAUCUGUGUUAGCCGAGGCUGCUUGUAAUUUGAUGCAAGUAUUCAGUGUUGGGUUCUAAUUAUCGAAGUACUAGUAAUUCUCAGUCAUUGCCAUU